GUGUCUAUCUUCGGUUUAAACCAACACCUGCAGUUCCUUCCUGCGCUAUGGGUUGUGAAGUUUGACUGCAUUGCAGGGAAUUAGGAGCCUUGAAUAGGAUGUUCUCGGCUAUUUCUCGAAACCGGACUGUUCCAAUGUUGUCCUGGCCGAUGUCCCACCUUCCACCUUUGGACCAAAGGCAUAACAUCACACUGAAGCGUCAUCGGUAGCCUUGCUCAGGACGGACUUUACUGGCUUUAGACCAUUUUGCAGUGGGAUAUCGGAGUCCUGUCCAGCCUGCCGUUUUGAACCAUGAGCUCGGUAGCUGUGCUGACAGCCGAGCGCUUUGCUGAGCAUCGAGGUGGAUUGGGGGACCAGGAGACCAGAGGUGGAGUAUCCGAGGAUGAAGCUUAUAUUCCGACUUACCUGGAGGCUUUCCCUCCCCUCCCUGAGAAGGGAGCACCGGGAGACAAGUCUGGAGAGCCAGUGGGAGCAUGGAGCAAAAUCCGACCCAUCAAAUCUUCUGUCAUCACCCAGGUCUUCCACGUCCCUCUGGAGGAGCGCAGAUACAAGGACAACAGCCAGUUUGGUGAGGGCGAGGAGGCAAAGGUCUGUCUGGACAUCAUGCAGAAAACGGGAGCCCACAUUGAGCUCUCACUGGCCAAGGACCAGGGCCUCUCCAUCAUGGUGACUGGCAAACUGGACUCUGUCAUGAAAGCAAGGAAGGAAAUCGUGGCUCGUCUCCAGACCCAGGUUGGUGACUGUUUGUCUUGUGCCCAAGAUGAGGCUCUCGCGCAGGUUCACAUCGAGUUCACGGACGGCGAGGAGAAGAUCACGCUGGAGGGACCAACGCAGGAGGUGGAGAUUGCCCAAACCCAGAUCCAAGAGAUCAUCGAUGACCUGCUGAAUCGAAUGGACUACACUGAGAUCACAGUCGACCAGAAGUUUCACCGGCACUUGAUAGGAAAGAACGGCACCAACAUAAAUCGAAUCAAGGAGCAGUACAAAGUAUCUGUCCGCAUCCCACCGGAUAAUGAGAAGAGCCAUCUAGUGCGGAUCGAGGGCGAGCCUCAAGGCGUCCUGCUGGCCAAGAAGGAGCUACUCGAGAUGGUGCUCAGGAUGGAAAACGAGCGGACAAAGGACCUGAUCAUCGAGCAACGAUUACACCGUUCCAUCAUCGGCCAAAAGGGAGAGAAGAUUAAAGAGGUCCGCGACAAAUUCCCUGAGGUGAUUAUUAACUUCCCGGACCCAGCGCAGAAGAGCGACAUUGUUCAGCUGCGCGGCCCGAAAAACGAGGUGGAGAAAUGUAGCAAGUUCCUCCAGAAAGUCAUCGCUGAUUUGAUCGAGAACAGCUACUCCGUCUCCAUCCCCAUCUUCAAGCAGUUCCACAAGAACAUCAUCGGCAAAGGAGGCGCCAACAUCAAAAAGAUCCGGGAAGAAACCAACACCAAGAUCGACCUGCCGACGGAGAACAGCAACUCGGAGGUGAUCCUGAUCACGGGCAAGAAAGCACACUGUGAGGCUGCGCGAGAUCGCAUCUUGUCCAUCCAGCGAGAACUGGCGAACAUCAAGGAAGUGGACGUCUCGAUACCGGCCAAGCUGCACAACUCGCUGAUCGGAGCCAAGGGGCGCCUGGUGCGGGCGCUGAUGGAGGAGUGCGGAGGGGUGCACAUCCACUUCCCCUCCGAGGGCUCGGGUAGCGACAAGGUCACCAUCAGGGGUCCCGUGGAGGAAGUGGAGAAGGCCAAGCGGCAGCUGCUUCAGCUGGCCGAGGAAAAGCAAAUCAACAACUGUACAGUGGAGCUUCACGCCAAGCCCGAGUACCACAAGUUCCUCAUCGGGCGCGGCGGCGGCAACAUCCGCAAAGUGCGCGAUCGCACCGGAGCUCGCAUCAUCUUCCCCGCGGCAGACGACCGCGACCAGGAGGUCAUCACCAUCGUGGGCAAGGAGGAGGCUAUUAAACUGGCCCACAAAGAACUGGAGAUCCUCAUUAGAAACCUGGACAACGUGAUUGAAGACCUGAUGGUGGUGGAGCCCAGGUACCACCGGCACUUUGUGGCGCGGCGCGGCCAGGUGCUGCGGGAGAUCGCCGAGGAGUACGGAGGAGUGACGGUCAGCUUCCCCCGCACCGGCGUGCAGAGCGACCGCGUGAUGCUCAAGGGGGCCAAGGACUGCGUGGAGGCGGCAAAACGACGCAUACAGGAGAUCAUCGGGGACUUGGAGGCCCAGGUGACCCUGGAGUGUGUGAUCGCCCAGCGCUUCCAUCGGGCGGUCAUGGGACUCAAGGGAUCCAAGGUGCAGCAGAUCACCCGCGAGUUCGACGUGCAGAUCAAGUUUCCCGAACGCGAUGACAACCAAGGCGCGGACCCCCACCCUCAGGAGAAUGGCGACCUGAACUCUGACCUCCGGGAGACGGAGCACGCACCCAGGAAGUGCGACGUCAUCGUCAUCUCCUCCCGGAAGGAGAAGUGUGGAGGGGGCGCGACUGCAGCCCUGGUCCCCGUCACCCUGGACCUGGAGGUUCCGUUCGACCUGCAUCGGUACAUCAUCGGGCAGAAGGGCAGCGGUAUCCGCAAGAUGAUGGAAGAAUACGAGGUGAACAUUGCUGUGCCACCUCCGGACCAGCAGUCGGACCUGAUCAAGAUCACCGGCUUGACGGCAAACCUGGAGCGGGCGCGGACCGGAGUCCAGGAGCGGGUCCGGGAGCUGCAGGCAGAGCAGGAGGACAGGGCUUUACGGGGCUUCAAGUUGACCCUCUCUGUCGACCCCAAGUACCACCCAAAGAUCAUUGGAAGGAAAGGAGCCGUCAUCUCGCAGAUACGGAAGGACCAUGAUGUCAACAUCCAGUUCCCCGACAAAGGAGAUGAAAAUCAGGAGUCGAUCACCAUCACGGGCUACGUGCAGAAUGCCGAGUCGGCCAAGGAGGCCAUCAUGAAGAUCGUGGCGGACCUGGAGGAGAUGGUGAGCGAGGACAUUAGCCUGGACCACCGUGUCCACGCCCGCAUCAUCGGGGGAAGAGGCAAGGCCAUCCGCAAGAUCAUGGAGGAGUUCAAGGUGGAUAUCCGGUUCCCGCCACCGGGUUCGGACGAACCGAACCGCGUCACGGUGACCGGCCUCCCCGACAACGUGGACAACGCAAUCGACCACCUCCUGAACCUGGAGGAAGAAUAUAUGAUGGCGAUCGUGGAGUCGGAGACGAUGGCGGCGUACAUGAAGCCUCCGUCACGGGCGGACGACGAGCCGCGCGGCACCGCCAAGGGCUUCGUGGUCCGGGACGCCCCCUGGAACGCCCCCUGCAACAAGGUCAGUGUUCCCCGCCCCGGGACCGGCAACAUGGAGCUGGCGGGGGCGGAGUGGGGGUGGAGUGGGGGGUGGAGGAGGAAGUGGGUGGUUGUGGAAGUGGCGA